AUGGCGUACCUAAACUUCAUGGUCAACUGCGUCAACGUGCUCAACACGUACGUGCCGCCGGUGGCGAUCGCGAAUUCCGGGUGGCGCUUCUACAUCCUGUAUGUAGUGUGGGACGCGUUCGGCGUGCUCGUUAUCUACCUCUUCUUCGUCGAGACGCGCGGCCGCAGCCUGGAGGAGCUCGACGACUUGUUCGAGGCCAAAAAUCCCAAGAAGGCCAGCUUGGAGUACAAGCAUGUCGUCAUCAAGAGUGAUGGCACUAUCAAGGACGCUGCUGUCGCUGAGAGUUGA